AUGGAUUUCUCGUCUAUUUUAGCAACAGUUUCCCUUAUUUUGUCUUGCACCAGCUCCUGGAGUGAGGUAAGUGUGUAUAGAACUACACUACUAUACAACUAUAUAGAACUGUAGUUGUUCACGUUCAUGACAUUUUGAUAUUUGCAUGCGCAUGUUAGAUUCAGAAAUGCUUUGCAUGAGCCAUAAAUCCUAUUGCGAUUUGCGGGAAUUGGAUUGCUUCAUUUAAUUUUAUCUGUCGUUCUAACAGGCUGUACAAGGGCGGAUGAUUUUAGGCUUCAUUCGCGCACGCAUAUCAUAAACAGCCAGCAGCUAUUUUUCAGUGCUUGUCUGCAUCGCUUGCGCCGAAAAUGUGUUGCUGCGCAUCACUAUUUUAAUUCUUGAUGCGUCAUGCACAGAUCAAAACCAAACGGUAGGCAUCAUUCAAGUUGAACCGCGUCCAGUAUUUACAGCUUCUCCGCGGUUUAUAUAGCUAACCAUGGCACCACGAUUGAUACGUAUAAGUGAAUGCAAUUGUAAAUAAAUACAGCCUUGAAGGGCAUACAGUAGCAUGGUUAUAGAUGUACAUAUAGUGAAAAUUUCAUUGCCACCAAAAUAAAUAUGGAUUAUCUUAAGGUUAUCGAUCUGAAUUUGAUAUUUAUAAUUCAGUCGAGUAUUAGUUGAUUCGACAUUGCCAUUAUGCUUGUUUUGUUAACAAUAAUCAGUUUUAACUCACUUGCGCCCAAUGCUUUUGCAAACCCAAUAGCUCUGUAUCUGAAACCCGGAAAAACAAUUUGGCUGAACGCCAUAGAAAGCAUAGGUCCACAGGAAGAGUUCUAGGAAUUUAAAAUUUGCAACAACUCAAACAUGCGCAUGUUUUGUGAUUCAAUUAUCUUCGAGUCAAACUGAUGGCAAGGAAUCGCGUACUAUAGAAUGAUGAACAUAUUCAAUGCUGAAAUAUUUAUAUUAUAAGUUUGAAUCAAACUGGCACUCCAGUUUACGAUGCGAUAUGUUGCUAUACUUGCUAAUAGACAGAUUUAGAAAAGACGACGAGGCGAACACGACAGCGCAGUCUCAAUUUCAGCUCAAGAUUGAGAGCCAAGAAACUAGAUUGCUGUUAAAUUAAAGCUUAUUAAAAUAACCUUAUAUCACGCAAAGUUCCGAAAAAACGACAAAGUCUACUGUGGUUUACAGUGAACAUAAAAUAUACCGUAUUAUUAACAUGAGGCUUAUUGAGAACACGUUCGUUCUUAUAAGCAUUUUGAAAAAUCUAUUUCCUUUUAGAUUUGCCCUGUUUUAUUUCUUAGAACAAAACGCGGAGAGCGAGUUUACAGCCCAACAUCACCUUUGACCCUAUAUACAAUGAGGAAAUUUAUAUGAUUGUUCACAUCAUGUAGAAAUAAACAUAUCACUGAAUAUCAACAGAGAAAAAAUUGCAAUCAUCAUCAGGAUUGCUAGUUUGUACGGUAGAAACUGUCCUCCAUAGACCAAUAGCAAGGAAGUAGACAACCCACACUAACUUUGAAAGGGAUUCCACGACAGUCUAAUUAAUCUGGCGCAGCUGAGUGAGGAAUGUAGAGACAGAAUGUCGCACGCAAAUGCAGUAUUGAUUGACGACUCUAUGAAGCUGCUACAGCUUGAGCCAUGGUGUGCAGUAUUAUUUCACCAGGUGAUUGACAUCAAAUUAAUUUUGAGGGAUUUUGUCAAGUCAAGUUGUCGCUCUUGCAGCGCGUAAUAAAACUGCAGAUGGACAGCGAAACAACUGGUAGCUAAAACAACUACCUUUCCCGCGUUUAUUUUCGUUGUACGCGUAGUCGAAAGAGUUGUGAGGAAACAUUGUCAGGAAAUUUUUAAUAUUCUUAAGUUCCGAAUUAAUAACUGUAUUUUCAUUUUUUACGCCAAGGAGAUGCAAUUUCCUGCAAGCGCGACAAGUAAACUCGCUCUCGCGCACUUGUUUAGUUGUUUUCAAUCGUUUUACUUUUCACAAUGCGAGAUAAGUUACAAUACGUUACAGGGCUAGAGGAAAUGAGUGAAAUUUCGCAUGCAGUGUAAUUGUUUUGCACAUGUGCCAGGACAUCACACUGUGGUAUUGUGUCUGGUUCUCAAUUCUGUUCAUUACUGUGUUGCAGCAUGUAACAUUUCCUGUUUAUAAUGUUACUCUAAUGGAUUCCCGGACCGAUAAAGUUAAAUACAUGUCAAACAAUUGCAAUAAAAUAUACUACUCUGAUUGCAUCAUGCUUCGUCGUUCAAAUAGGUUGGUUUCAAGCAAGCUCCAGAGAGAUGUAGAGCAAAUAAUAAUACUCUGAUGAGAUUCUUUAAGUCAUGUUUUCGCGCACUAAUGUGGUUCUUUAUGUAAAUGAAUGCAAAACAAUGACCUGUAUGUUCAGAAACCGUAGCGACCGUUGAGAAGUUACCUUUCGCAAUCAGCGCUGGAACACUAACAGUGAAAUAUUCUGCACUUGAAUCUAGGGACUGGUGAUUGUAAAUGGUAAUGACCCUGGCAAAUGUAACCAAACCAUCCACGGCAAAGACGUUUUGGUUCAAGAUCGUGAGAAUAAUGAGCUUAUCAUAUUUUGUACCAAGAAAAACGACGUGUAUAAAUGGACAACCGUUGGAG